AUGGAGCUUUUCAAGAGUCUGUUCGGUGUCGCUGUAGUUGUUGUUUUGGUUUGUGAUGUUACUGCACAGCGUUACCGGACACCACCUCAGCAGCAACAACAGUCUCAUUUUCCAUCUCUGCUGCCUCAGCAGCAGGAGGUUCCUCAACCCGCUGCUCCCUCUGGAAAGUGCCAGGUGGAGGAGAAGGACAAGAUUCAGUGUGGGACUCCAGACAUCGAAGCCAUGCAGUGUGAAAACAUAAACUGCUGCUUUAAUGGGCGGCAGUGCUACUAUGGGAAAGCAGUGACCGUGCAGUGCACCAGGGAUGGGCAGUUUGUGGUGGUGGUGGCUCGAGAUGCCACUUUGCCUCCCAUAGAUGUGGAUUCAAUCAGCCUACUGGAAGACAACAACCCAUCCUGUAGCCCUGUAGACUUCACUGUUGCCUUUGCCAUCUUCCAGUUCCCUAUGACUGCAUGUGGUACUACAAUCAAGGAAGAAGAUGGCUUUGUGGUGUAUGAGAACCACAUGUCGUCUUCAUAUGAAGUGGGAGUUGGCCCCAGGGGCUCGAUCACCAGGGACAGUCACUUCGAGUUGCUGUUCCAGUGCCGCUACUCUGGCACAGCUGUGGAGGCUCUUGUCUUGGAGGUGAAUGAUGUUCCUCCGCCUGUGCCAGUGGCUGCUGCUGGACCCCUCAGAGUGGAGCUCAGGCUGGGUAACGGACAGUGUUACUCAAAGGGAUGUAUGGAGGAUGAGGUGGCGUAUACAUCAUUCUACACUGCAGCAGACUAUCCCAUCACUAAAGUGCUGAGGCAACGUGUGUACGUGGAGGUGCGCAUCCUGGAGAGGGCCGACCCAAACAUCAUCUUGAACCUGGAGCACUGCUGGGCCACCUCCACCUCUAAUCCUGACAGUCUGCCACAAUGGGACCUUCUGGCUGGCGGGUGUCCCUACAAUGAUGACCGUUACUUGACUACACUGGUGCCUGUGGACAGCUCCUCCGGGCUUCAAUACCCCUCCCACUACAAACGUUUCAUCAUGCAGAUGUUCGCAUUCGUGGAUCAGAACAGCUAUACCCCACAGACAGAUGAGGUCUUCAUCCACUGUGCAACGUCGGUGUGUUCUCCCAGCAGCACCGAGUCUUGUGAACAGCCCUGCCACCGGCAACGGAGAGCUGUGGUGAGCAAGGUUUCCUCAGACCAGAGGGCUGUCGUCUCGAGCGGAGGGGUGAUUCUGACCCAGGAGGCAGAUCUGCUCUAA